AUGUCUCGCCCCCCUCGUCCGAAUCUAAAAGGAUAUGGCCUGCUCCAGGCCAACGUGAACCACUCUCCACAUGCACAGGAUCUGCUCCAACAGAGCAUGGUGGAGAGGGGGUUCACGUUGGCGAUCGUGGCCGAGCCCCACCGCCCCCCAAGAAGCAGCCCAUAUUGGGCUGUUGGGCAGGCGGGGGACUCGGUCGCGAUCCGAUGGCGGUCGGUGCCGGGAGGGCCCAGCACGACCCCCAUCGAAAGUGGGGAACGGCACAUAGCCGUGCAGUGGGGGCCCAUCGUGGUCGUGGGGGUUUAUUUGAGGCCCACCAGACGCCUUGCCCCGUUUAAGGGCUGGCUAUCGGACUUGGGACAGACGGUCCUGACGCCUCUCUCCUGUCGGCGUAUAGACCAAUUUGCCUUCUGGACGAGGUCGGUAAGCUGUUCGAGCGUGUGCUCGUGA